AUGGCUACAGGAACGGUCGACCCUUCCGCUCCUAAUGAGGCACAGGGCUCCUCCACCUCUUCCACAAGGACUAACGCGCUAUCCGACGAUCUCCAUGAGAGGGGAAAACAGGUAGUGGUGUCUUCCCGAUCGCCUAUUCAACGACAGCUGAAUCCUUUUGUCAUCACCGAACAGCCGGAGGAGAAGCACCUUGGGAUUUCCAUCCGCAAUCUGACAGUGGAUGAUUUCGCACUCCUGAAAACACUCGGCACAGGUACAUUCGCUCGGGUAUGGCUGGUGAGAUCAAAGGACGAAGUGCAGCGAAGGGACAAAGUUUACGCACUCAAGAUCUUACGCAAGGCGGAUGUGAUUAAAUUGAAACAGGUCGAGCAUGUGCGCAAUGAGCGGAAAACCCUGGCGGCGGUUUCCGGUCACCCGUUUAUAACGACGCUAAUAGCGACCUUCUCGGAUGAUCAGAGUUUAUAUAUGCUGUUGGAUUAUUGCCCUGGAGGCGAAAUCUUUAGUUACCUACGGCGCGCCCGACGAUUCAAUGAAAAUACCUCCAAGUUUUAUGCGGCUGAAAUAACACUAGCGAUCGAGUACCUUCAUAGCAAAGAGGGGAUUGUUUACCGUGAUCUGAAGCCCGAAAAUAUUCUCCUGGACGCCGAGGGACAUAUAAAAAUAGUGGACUUUGGGUUUGCUAAGCAAGUCGGUGACCGGGAAACGUACACACUGUGCGGUACCCCUGAGUAUCUCGCUCCUGAGGUCAUUCAUAACAGUGGGCACGGGCUUGCAGUUGACUGGUGGGCACUGGGGAUCCUGAUAUAUGAGUUCUUAGUUGGACAACCUCCUUUUUGGGACCAAAACCCAAUGCGCAUUUAUGAACAAAUUGUUGAAGGCCGACUACGCUUUCCUCAAGGCAUGUCGCCGGGGGCCCAAAAUAUCAUAUCACUACUUUGCAAGACGAAUCCAACAGAGCGACUCGGGUACAUAUCAGGCGGGCCUGCUCGAGUCAGGGCCCAUCCAUUUUUUGAAGGCAUUAACUGGGAAGAUUUAUAUCACCGCCGGGUCAAGGGACCAAUCAUUCCUAGAGUUGACCAUCCGGCAGAUACAGGGAACUUCGAGGAGUACCCCGAUCCAGAUUUAAAGACCAUGGGCAUCUACACUGGUGACCUAAGGAAAAAAUAUGAGGCGUUGUUUAGCGAUUUUUAA